AUGUCGCGUAUUGAAGAAUUUAACGAUGUCGAAGCUAACGAGAUCGAGUCCAACUGGGACCAGGUCGUCGACAACUUCGACAACAUGGAUUUGAAGCCAGAACUUUUGCGUGGUAUCUACGCAUAUGGUUUUGAACGGCCCUCUGCUAUCCAGCAGCGUGCUAUUGUUCCUGUUAUAAAAGGCCACGAUGUCAUCGCGCAGGCGCAGUCUGGCACGGGGAAAACCGCGACAUUCUCAAUUUCCAUUCUACAAAAACUCGACUUGUCCAUCAAAGGCACCCAAGCGCUCAUCCUCGCCCCUACACGGGAGCUUGCGCAACAAAUCCAAAAAGUAGUCAUUGCACUCGGAGAUUAUAUGAGCAUUGAGUGCCAUGCCUGUGUCGGUGGAACCGAUGUACGUCAAGACAUGGCUACGCUGCAGGCAGGUGUACAGGUCGUCGUCGGCACUCCUGGCCGAGUGUUUGAUAUGAUCAACCGACGGGCUCUUCGCACCGAUACCAUUAAAAUCUUCUGUCUUGAUGAAGCGGACGAGAUGCUGUCCCGUGGAUUCAAAGAUCAAAUUUAUGAAGUAUUCCAGCUUCUCCCUCAGGACACACAGGUCGUCCUGCUUUCGGCAACUAUGCCGGCGGAAGUGCUUGAGGUGACGAAGAAGUUCAUGCGCGAUCCGGUCCGAAUCUUAGUCAAGCGUGAUGAACUUACGCUUGAGGGUAUCAAGCAAUUCUACAUCGCUGUCGAGAAGGAAGAGUGGAAGCUUGAUACGCUUUGCGAUCUUUAUGAGACCGUCACGAUCACACAAGCCGUAAUAUUCUGCAACACACGUCGGAAGGUCGAUUGGCUUACUGAGAAGAUGCACCAAAGGGAGUUCACGGUGUCGGCGAUGCAUGGGGACAUGGAGCAAAAGCAGCGCGAGGUGCUGAUGAAGGAAUUCCGCUCCGGGUCCUCUCGUGUGCUGAUUACGACCGAUUUGCUGGCGCGCGGCAUUGAUGUGCAGCAGGUGUCGCUCGUCAUCAAUUAUGAUCUGCCGACGAACCGGGAAAACUACAUUCACCGUAUUGGCCGAGGAGGACGGUUCGGACGCAAAGGUGUUGCGAUCAACUUCGUGACGACCGAGGAUGUCCGGAUGCUCAGGGACAUAGAACAGUUCUAUAAUACUCAGAUCGACGAGAUGCCCCUCAAUGUCGCCGACCUCAUCUAAACGGCACGAGCGGAGGAUAAACAUAGAGAGGGGUUAUCGACAGUGUUCAUCGGAAUGGUGAUGGGGUGAAGUCUAUCUCGGGUCAUGCGGUAAUUUACAGCGAGGAAGAAAAGAAGUUGAUGGAGUAGUAGCAGCCCACGUCAGCAUGUGUGUGUGGUGCACUGUUUGUUGUUCCUAAUAGUCUUUUUGUCUUUUUGCAUUUCGCCUUCUUAUGACGACUAGUUACUACUAC